CUGUUCAUUUCCACAGAAGUAGCCAAUAAGGGUAAUGCUAACUGCCGCACAACCUAGCAUGCUGACUAGCCAGUUAGCCACGGACGCAGAUCCAGCUGAGCGGUAGUAACGACAGGGCAGCAGAGCAGAUGGUGGAUAGGGUUCACAUUAAAAUGUGCUGGAGCCCGGCUCUUCUCACCGGCUGGGUUCUGCUGCUGGUGCAGCUUCAGCACCUACAGGCUGUUCCCAUCGGCAUCGACAAGACAAAAGUAAAAGAGGCAGAGAAGAAGCCUGAUGAGCCACCAGCCAGUGUGGACACUGGACUCCACUAUGACCGCUAUCUCAGGGAAGUCAUUGAUUUUCUUGAGAAAGAUCAGCAUUUCAGAGAAAAGCUGCACAAUACAGACAUGGAAGACAUUAAGCAAGGCAAGCUGGCUCAAGAACUGGACUUUGUCAGCCAUCAUGUCAGAACAAAACUAGAUGAAUUGAAAAGGCAGGAAGUAAACCGACUGAGGACUCUGCUUAAAGCCAAGCAUGAUCUGGAAGGAGGAAAUGACAUAGCUGUGGACCACCAGGCUCUUCUCAAGCAGUUUGAGCAUCUGAACCACAUGAACCCACACACCUUUGAAGUUGAAGAUCUGGAUCGGCUCAUUAAAUCGGCAACGAGUGAUCUGGAAAACUUCGACAAAGAGAGGCAUGAGGAGUUUAAGAGGUAUGAGAUGAUGAAGGAGCACGACAGGCAGGAGCACCUGAAAACUCUGGAUGAGGAGCAGAGAAAGAAAGAAGAGGACCACUAUGAGGAGAUGAAGAAGAAGCAUGCGGAUCACCCUAAAGUCAACCACCCAGGCAGCCAAAAUCAACUAAAAGAGGUUUGGGAGGAAGCUGAUGGAUUAGACCCUGAGGACUUUGAUCCAAAGACCUUUUUCAACCUGCAUGAUACUAAUGGAGAUGGUUUCUUCGAUGAACAAGAGCUUGAAGCAUUGUUCACCAAGGAGCUGGAAAAAAUCUAUGACCCCACCAAUGAAGAGGAUGAUAUGGUGGAGAUGGAAGAGGAGAGGCUGCGGAUGAGAGAGCAUGUUAUGAACGAGGUGGAUUCCAACAAAGACAGGUUGGUGUCUUUAGAUGAGUUUCUGGUUGCUACAAAGAAAAAGGAAUUCCUGGAGCCAGAUAGCUGGGAGACUCUGGAGCAGAAUCAGGCUUAUACAGAUGAGGAGAUGAGAGAGUUCGAGGAGCAUCUGGCUCAGCAAGAACAGGACCUCAAUCAGAGGACUGUUGAUCUUCAAAAACAGAGAGAGGAGCUGGAACGACAGCAGGAGCAGCUGAAUGCACAGAAAGUUGAACUCCAGCAGGCUGUUGAACAUAUGGAACGACUGAAGUCAGAGAAAGUAGAUCCUCCUCCAGACGUUCACGUCGAAGGAAACGCCGUCCCUGAGGUCCAUGCAGCUGACAACCAACUGCAUCCUGAUCAAGAAGCCCACCCGCCAGGACAUCAGGAGACACCCCAACACCAUCAGGACACGCCACAAGAGCAUCACAAUCAAGACUUACCUCAGCAAGGACAACCCCAGGCUCAUCACGGUGAACUGCCAAACCAGCAGGAUGUUGCACAAGGCCAGCAUAACCUGGCAUAACGGUGUCAAAACAAAACAAAAAAAUCAACACCGGACUUUCGCUGUACUUAAACUCAUACUUAGAGAGGGGCGAUGUCCCUCGAUCCUAAGACCACUUUAACAGGUACAACCAGCAUUUAGGUUUUUACAUACAAAUGAAGAUUGGCAUAUAUCAGAUCUGUUAUCCCCGAUACACAUUUUAUAGCAGCAAUCUUCAGAUUAUAUGAACAGAAUUGAAAAUGACCCACCAAUGACCUGUAUUGAUAAUUAUUCUAGAGAAGUGCAAAGAAAUAAGAAUAUUUACCAUCCAUAUAGAGCAGUGUUUAAGUCUCUUCUGUGGCUUUGGCAUGCAGUGGACUAUACAGUCACAGUUGAUUGAGGAGUUUCUUGGAUUUGUGCAGUAACGGUUUUAAAGAGCUUUAAAAUAUAAAAAUUCAUUCUUGGCUUCUCUCUGUUGUUCUUGCAUCGCCUUUUAGGCUACCCUCCCAACUUCUUUAGAUAAAAAAAAAACAUUUUUAAGAUUUUCUACAGAUAAGUUCAGGAAGAAAAACAAAAGAGCUGAAAUCUGAACAUAUUCAUUUCAAAAGCAAGUACAUUUUAAUGCAUUGAUCUGAUUUGUGACAGAUCUAUCUAGAAAAUAUAUAUUUCUGUGAAGGGAAGAUUGUCGUUAAAAGUUUACCUAAAAUUUACUGCCCUAAACAAUGUCACAUAAUGCUGGUCAUCUUCAAGUCACCCUGCAGCUGCUGUUUGAUUUCUUUUUUAGUAAUGUUUUUGUUCAGUUAACUGUGCUAGAAAUAAAUGUAAGAGUGAGAGAACAACUUUAAAAUCUUGCAAAAUCUCCAUUUGAUUUAUUGCUAAGUAUGUUUUUGUUAUUUGAUCUGCUGCACUACCUGUGUCGCUGCUUCGAUCAGUCUCACCUGGUUCUGCAGAGGCCUUUCAAUUAUCCACUAACUCAGUUCAGGUGUGUUGAAGCAUGGAAGACCAUCCAGGCAAAGUGCCCUUGAGCAUCAUGGAGGGAAACAGUUACUGCAUGCUCCUGGAAAGAUUUUUGUAUUAAAAAUUUAUUAGUCGCAUAGAAUAAGAAUAGUAACUAUUUUGAAUACAGCUGGUUAUACUUAAAUGUGUAUGUACCAUGUUUGUAAAAUUGAACAAUUGUUAAUUUAAGAAAGAUUUUAAGAAGUUUAGGUGUACAGGUUGUUUACCAUAAUUAUGUGUUAAUUUUAAUGAUAUUGCAAACAGAAGGAAUUAGUUUUGUCUGGAAGUGGAAUUUUAUUUGGUUUAAAUUUACAUAUAUAAACAUUUUUUUUAAAGGCUGCUUGUUUGGCUAAGUUGGUGCGAUAUCCAGUCUGCUGUUUCAUCAAUUAUACUUGGUUUUUCCCAUUUGAUGCUUCUUCUUUUUUGGAGAAUGUUUAAUUUAGCAAUGAUACAUCUUAUUGAGGUAAAGACAGAUUUGUUACUUCAUACUCCAUCCUUGCUCAUGAUUUUUUUUUUGUCAUGUUCUUUCAAAUACUGCACAGAAUAUACAGGUCGGGUUUCUGAAUGCCUGCUGCUCCAUACAAGUCAUGUGGCAAUGCUACAGAUUCAGCUCAAGAUAAUAAAACUGUUUACCUUUUAUCAUA